CAAGUAAAAAUUGCAAACGAUCAUAACUGGAAUUGCGGCUUCCGCAAGACAAGUACCGCGGCUGAUAUUUAAUCUCCCGCGAACAAAAGUCGAAAAUUGCGCGCAACUUACCACCACCCGUCAAUAAUCGCCGAUAUAAAUAAUAUGUAAUAUCAAUCAGUUUUACUCUGGUAGCCCGAUGCCGCAUUUUGAAUCUAAGAUUUGGUACCAUUGGUCGCGAUAACGCGCGCAAGAUUACUUUCUUUACCGACACACUUGAAUGCGACCGAAUCGAAUCAGCAAUAAAUUAGACUAAAAAUGGGCGAAAUUGUCCAGAAACUGCAAAGACUGUUCAAGCAUGGAACUGGCCGAACGAUGCUGGCCGCGAUAUGCGCGCAUUCGGUGUCUAUAUCGAUCGGAAUGUGCCAAGGGUACAGCGCCAUACUCCUACCCCAAUUGGCGCGCGAUUUCCAAAUAACAUCAGAAGAAAGUUCCUGGAUAGCAAGCUUAGGCGCCGUCACAAAUCCAAUAGGAUCGAUCCUCUCCGGUCUACUGGCCGAGUACCUUGGUCACAAACCGUCGAUCCUACUCAGCAGCCUGCCCUCCGUCAUCGGAUGGAUCUGUAUCGCCACCGCGACGAAUAUCAACCUUAUGUACGCGGGCCGCCUCGUCACGGGCAUCGCGGCGGGAAUGUCGGUCGCGUCCUACACGUACGUCGCCGAAAUAUCGGCGCCGUCCGAUCGCGGACUCUUCCAAUCUCUCGGCCCCAUCUGCGCGUCGUUCGGCAUUCUGAUAACCUACGUUCUGGGCGCGUACGUCCGAUGGAACGUCGUCGCCCUGGUCAGCGUCGCCUUCUCGAUCUUCACAGUAAUCGGCAUGCAGCUCGUUCCAGAAAGUCCGGACUAUCUCCUCAAGAAGGGCAAGAAGGACAAGGCGGCGAAGAGCUUGCUUUGGUUCCGACGCAGCAAUACGGAAGUCGUCAGGUUCAACUCGGACAGUGAGAAGGCGACAAGGAAGCUCUAUUUAACCUCGACGGUUAUGAAGCCGUUCUUCAUCUUGGUAACCCUAUUCCUAUUACAAGCACUUUCGGGUAUUUAUACCAUUUUAUACUACGCAGUCAACUUCUUCGAGGAAGCCAACCUGAACAUCGACGAGCACAUGUCGUCAAUCAUCGUGGGACUGAUCAGGUUCACGAUGUCGGUCGCAGCAGCGUUUUUAAUCAACCGCUUCGGCCGCAGAACCCUCUGCAUCGUCUCCAGUGGCGGCAUGACGGUCACGAUGCUAGCGGCGGGUGGCUACUUUAAGUACUACGAAGUGUUCAUCGACGAGGAGAAGCGUUUUCGAGCGCUUCCGCUUGUGGGCGUACUGUGCAACGUCUUUUUUAGCAUGAUCGGAAUGCUGCCCAUUCCUUGGAUUUUAGCCGGCGAACUUUUUCCGCUUCGCGUCAGUUCUAUAAUGGGCGGCGUCGUCAUAUGCCUCGCGCAGACCUUCACGUUCGUAUGCGUGAAAAUCUACUACGAUAUGAUCGCGCUUUUACAUUUCAGCGGUACCCUGAUGCUGUUUUGUUUCGUUUCGCUUCUCGCUUUACUGUUUUGCACGUUUGUUUUACCCGAAACCAAAGAUAAAUCGCUGGACGAUAUUGAGACGAUUUUUAAAAAGAAGACUGAGAUCAAUCCCGAGGUCUACACGGUGACGUUAACCUAAUGAUUUGAAACACACGGUGGCCUACGUUGUGAAAGGCUUCUUGCACCUGUUGCUUUUUGUAAGGGAUGUCAGUACUUAAUAAAUAAGACUAAUGAAAGAAUUAAAGAAGCUAGAAACAUA